CAGUGAGCCUUCUGAUCCACCUAAGAGCAUAUGGUGUUUUUCACAAAAGAGAGAUCAUCUCCUUGACUUUGGACUUCACCUAUUGAGACCCUGUACAGUGUUUAAGGAGAACCUGAGAAGAAUGAUUCAUUCAAGGGAUACCAUCUAGGAGGAACCAAGGUUGCUAAGAGACCACCUGUGCUGAAUGCACUUUGUUCUAGCAAAAGCUUACGGAGAGAAAACCAAGGAGCCGUGUUAUCUACCACUACCCGGGAUUAAGUCAGGGAGCAAGAGCAGCCUGGAUAUGACGUGUAAAAACUGGAUAUUAAUGUCUACUACUCCUCCCACAAGUCUGGAGGAUGAAAUUGUUGGAAGACUCCUAAAAAUUUUAUUUGUUAUCUUUGUUGACUUUAUGUCUAUUAUAUAUGUUGUUAUAACUUCCUAGAGAGUCUACUUUCCUUACUUUACACGUAAAUUUCACAUUAAUUUUGGUGAAUAAAAAUUUGGAGUUUAAUAUGUUGAGUGAUUUUGAUCUCCAAUUGUUUUGGAAGCCAA